GAGCUCCAGCCGCCCAAUGGGCUGGUGCUGCGCGGCGCCGGGCCCGUCACUUCCUGGCCCUGCAGCCGGCGGCAGCGAGGCGAGAGCCGGGGCCGGGGGCGGCGGGGCCCGCAGCCUGCCCGGCGCCCGCCACCAACAUGCCCUUUGACUUCAGGAGGUUUGACAUCUACAGGAAGGUGCCAAAAGACCUUACACAGCCAACCUACACAGGGGCUAUUAUCUCUGUCUGCUGCUGUCUCUUCAUCCUGUUUCUCUUCCUGUCUGAGCUCACCGGAUUCAUAGCCACUGAAAUAGUUAACGAGCUCUACGUGGAUGAUCCAGACAAAGACAGUGGAGGUAAAAUAGAAGUGAAUUUGAACAUCAGUUUGCCAAACCUUCAUUGUGAAUUAGUUGGACUAGACAUCCAAGAUGAGAUGGGAAGGCACGAAGUGGGUCAUAUUGACAACUCGAUGAAGAUACCUCUCAAUAAUGGGGAUGGCUGCAGGUUCGAGGGCCAUUUCAGCAUCAACAAGGUCCCUGGCAACUUUCACGUGUCCACGCACAGUGCCACCGCACAGCCGCAGAAUCCUGACAUGACUCAUGUCAUCCACAAGCUCUCGUUUGGGGACAAGUUACAGGUCCAUAAUGUUCAUGGAGCGUUCAAUGCCUUGGAGGGAGCAGACAAACUCAGCUCAAAUCCUCUUGCAUCUCACGAUUACAUACUGAAGAUAGUCCCGACGGUGUAUGAAGACAUGGGCGGCAAGCAGCGAUACUCAUACCAAUAUACUGUAGCAAAUAAGGAGUACGUAGCCUACAGUCACACUGGCCGCAUUAUCCCAGCUAUCUGGUUUCGUUACGACUUGAGCCCCAUCACAGUGAAAUACACAGAGAGGCGACAGCCUUUAUACAGGUUUAUCACAUCGAUAUGUGCCAUCAUCGGAGGAACAUUUACUGUAGCUGGGAUCCUCGACUCCUGCAUUUUCACAGCUUCAGAGGCCUGGAAGAAGAUCCAGCUGGGGAAAAUGCAGUAGCGUUGAAACUACCCGGGUCUCCAAGGACAGGAGCGAAGAUUGAGAAACCUACCACUACCUGUUUUUGUCUUUAUUUUCUAUUCGAUUGAAUCAGUUGAGUUUUUCCUCUAAUCAGGCUGUUCAGUGAAGACACCUUCAACAAAUCAAAGAAAUCUCCAUGCAUUUCAGAGCUCUGAGAGCGAAAAAUCAAUGGAAUCGGGGUGUGGAUUUUGAUUCUCUCCCCCCAGGAAGAGAGGUUGAAAUGCCAUGUGUGAAAUACACUGUCAGGUCUGUGUAAGGGUGACAGUCUGUUCUCUGGGAGGUUCCUAUGGCAAUGUACAGAUUAGGUAGUAGAUUGCAAAGAGUUGAGCUGUCUUGUGGCACUUUUUGGAAUUCUGUUGGUUUUGCAUGAUUAGACAAUCGACUUUUGUAUAAGGCAAAACGAUACAUUAGGAAGAAAUUCCACCCGUGGUGCCAAAAAGGUGGCGUAUCUGUUGGUGAGGAGUGGAAAGUGUUAGUCCCCGUAGCAAACUUUAGAGACAGAGGGCAGAAAUAACAUUAAAAAGAUGUUUUGUGCUUUUAUUGAAAGCUGUUUUGUUCAGAUACGACCUUUCUAAUGAAAUGAGCAAAACGGGGGGAAACCUUCCCCCAGGUACCUUCUCCUGGGCGAUGUUUGAUCCGGGCAGCGAGGGCCGCGCUUUUACUCUGGAUGUAAAAGUGCUUUCAUUUCUUCCCACAAACUGAAUAUCCAGUCUUGUGUUUACAGGUGGCAUGAAGUAAAAACCAAACCGAGCAACACAGUUUUAUGUGGCCUUUGCUUUGAAAGGGAAUAGUUGUCGUUACAGCAUUAGCUUUUAUUCGUUCUUAUGCUUUUUUUUUUUAAAAAAACACAGACCACCCAACAGUCUGGAUUCUGCACUUCUGCUUUAUUAUUGUUGUUACUUUGGAAAGGGGUUAUACAUUCUGUGUGUUCAGAAAAACGGUGCGGACGAUGAGCACCUUACUGUCUUGCUUUGUGUGUGUAUAUUGAAAACACCUGUCAAACACAGGAGGUCUCUCUUUUCAGGGCUUAAGGUACCUCCGUUUUCAUUUAAAACUCAGUCAGGCGUCUUUUCUGAGCCCCAGGCUGACACUGGUCACCACAGGUGAACCCCUGCUAGCAGUUGUUUUAUUGGAUUCCUUAAAAUGGUACCUGAGCUCCCAUUCAUUCCAGCCUUGUCUUCUGGGGCCUCCCAAAAACAGAGGCGUGAGGGGAGAACCCCCGCCAGGGGUGGUUGUGUGUGGUGGUAGGUGCGAGUUCACUGAAAUUAGACCAAACCCCACCAGCGCGUUUUCCACGGCCUCCUAAGUGUUUCUUGAGUAGUAACAGUCUCUGCAUGCUUUGUAAGUGUCUGAGCCGAGGAUACGCAAAUUGUAGGUGUUCCGGGAUGGAUAAAAAUCAUAAAAUAAAGAUCUUUAAUUCAAUCAAUGCUGUAAAUUUGAAGAUGGGUGCCGGAUUUCUCUUGGAUAAUAUUUCCUGCCGACUGCCCUUUCCUGGAGGCAAAAGCAUCCAAACAUUAUGCUGCAAAAAUGAGAAUCUUGGAAUAUUCAGUGUUAAUGCUAGAGUCAGAUACAUUUCAAAAGUAUUGCUAAUACAUGUCUGUUGAAAUUGUCUCGUUGAUUUGGAAGCAGGGAAGGUAGCCAGUUUUAUCCACACACCAGCCACCCUCCCCGCCGUCCUCUGCCCUGUAGCGACUUCGCACAAAUUACAGCAUUGGAAUUUUUUCCCUGUUCUUAUUAUGGACUGAUUGCUAUUACUUUUAGGUGUAAACUGGAUUGUGUAACUUCCUGUAUCUGUUAAUGUAUGGAUAGAUUUUAUACUUUUUUUUUUUUUUUCCAUUUACAAAAAUCGACUUGAAAACGA